GAACUGUGAACCCCGAAACACGUUGUUGCUUCAUCUAAACGGUUACUAUCGUGUUUGCUGUGUCAUCGUUCAUCAGUAUAAGAAAAUCUGCAUGGACUCAAAGAGACUUGCAUUUUCUGAACACUUUAUGUCUCAGAGGAGAAAGGUGAUUUCUGGGUUCAGUUUAGGCGUUGGAGUUUCUAUCAUUUUUCUCACGCUUCUCUUGCUCAAUAACACUUCUCUCACGAUUCCCAAAGUUCAACUCUUUCUUCAAGGGUCUGAUUCAAAUUCUUCCUUUUCUUGGCAUUUUCCCUUCUCAACACCCCGUUCUUAUUCUUUCAAUGUGGCCAAUGCUUCUGUGAGUUCUCUGCAGAGGGUUGACGGAGUGAAUGUGUCAAGGGAGGGUUUGGAGAAGACCCUUUUGGGGAAUCUUAAUGGAACUCAUGAAAAUGCAAGCUUGCAUGCUGAGGAAGGACAUUGUUGUUCUUUGAAUCUUAGUACUGUGUCAGGGAAGGAUGAUUCCCACGUGCGGAAUUCCUCAUGCAUUGGUGGGGGUGGUGUGGUGGGAAUGUGUGAAGAGGGGUUAGUUAAGGAGAGUAAUAAUGUGAGGGUUAGUAUUGCUCCUCGUCAUGCUUCACAAAAAGAGGGAAUGGUGCAGGGUGGUUUCCGUGGGAACUGUGAUAUCUUUGAUGGGAAUUGGGUGAGAGAUGAUUCAAAGCCAUACUAUCCCUUGGGUUCUUGUCCCUACAUUGAUAGGGAUUUUGAUUGCCAUCUUAAUGGGAGGCCGGAUAGUGAAUAUGUGAAAUGGAAAUGGCAGCCAAAUGGGUGUGACAUUCCAAGUUUGAAUGCAACUGAUUUUCUGGAAAAGUUACGAGGACAGAGGCUAGUUUUUGUGGGGGAUUCACUGAACAGGAACAUGUGGGAGUCCAUGGUGUGUACCUUACGUCAAAGCAUCAGGGACAAGAAACAUGUUUUUGAAAUUUCAGGAAGAACUGAAUUUAAGAAGAAAGGUGUCUACGCUUUUAGAUUUGAGGAUUAUAAUUGUUCAGUAGAUUUUGUUAGUUCACCAUUCAUUGUUCAAGAGUCAACUUUCAAAGGCAUAAAUGGGUCUUCUGAGACAUUAAGAUUGGAUUUGAUGGACCAGACCACUACUACUUACCAUGAUGCUGACAUCAUAGUCUUCAAUACAGGCCAUUGGUGGACCCAUGAGAAAACAUCUAAGGGAGAAGACUAUUAUCAAGAAGGCAACCAUGUAUACCCCAGACUCAAAGUUCUGGAUGCAUAUACAAGGGCAUUGACCACUUGGGCUAGAUGGAUCGACAACAAUAUUGAUGCUAAUCGAACUCAGGUUUUCUUCAGAGGAUACUCAGUCACCCAUUUCAGGGGUGGGCAAUGGAAUUCAGGAGGACAGUGCCAAAAAGAAACCGAGCCAAUAUUUAAUAGAACACACUUACGCAAGUAUCCCUCAAAAAUGAGGGCUUUCGAACAUGUCAUCCCAAAGAUGAAAAUUCCAGUGAUUUAUAUGAACAUCAGUAGGCUUACAGAUUACAGAAAAGAUGGACACCCUUCUAUAUACCGAAUGGAAUACAAGACAGAAGCAGAAAGAACCUCUGCUGAACUACACCAAGAUUGCAGUCAUUGGUGUUUGCCUGGUGUACCUGAUACUUGGAAUGAACUACUAUAUGCUUCUCUCUUGAAAUAUGGCAAAGGAAAAUGGAAAAGCUGAGCAAAAACUCCUCGAAAUGGUUCCUUACCCAAUUUCUGGUUCUUUAUACACAU